UAUAGCGACAAACAGUACGACUCAACACACUGCCAUGCUGUCCAGCACAGAACAUAUUGUGGAAAUAAAGUAAAACUAGAAAUCAGUUGCAAGCAGAAGAUUCAGCAACAAAAAGUUCAACCUGAAAUUCUCAUACGCUCAUUCAAGUAUCUCAAAACGUCCAGUGGGAUUUUCUGCCUCUCUCUCUCGCUUUCUUGUUAGACCACCUAGCGAUAGGCUAGGAAAUGAAUGGGCAUGCUCCAAUCACCUCUUCCUACUAGGUCCUGGUCUCCUUUUUGUAUUUCUUCUUCAUUCUGCUUCCCUACCCUGUUUCACACACUCUCCUUCUGUCUCCUCACUCUUCCUGCUGCUCUUAUCUCCCUUCUCCUCUUCUUUCCUACUGAUCUCCUCUCCGUUCAGUGCCUAUCCUCUUUCCCCCUCCACCUUCACCUCAGGAGAGUGAAAGAGCUCUCACUCCGGGUCUGCUGUAGCUGAUAGUGAAAUCACUUACUGUUGCACCGGAAACACUGACUCUUGAGCUCAAGUUAUGACUAGUAUAUAAAGCUGCUCGCAAUUCUUCUGAUGGAAAGAUCUUCAGUUGAAAAAAGAUUUAGUCAAAAUCUUUUUUUUUAAUGGAAACUUAAUUCUUUGAUUUAAAAAUAAUCUAGGCUUUUCCCCAUUUUAUUUUGAAGAAAGUCCAACCUGGUUAUGUAGGACAAACAAAUGGCUGCCCAUUCUUACUGACAUAUUACAGAGGAAAUUGUUUCAGAUGUUCUCCCCUGAGAUGAAUUUGUUUCUUGUGUUUGAACCAUAGCCAUGUCUUGCUAUUGAGCUGGAAUAUUACAUUUUAUUUCCCUCUGCUCCCAAACCAUGUGGGGCCUGGGGAGUGGAGCUCUGCAGCAUCCCUGAAACACCUUGCCUGGGCAGAGCAGUCAAGGGAACUGCUUUGCUGAGGACUUUAAAAAGGAGCAGCACUCUUCCACCCUUCUCUGUGCCAGCUAGAGAAAGGUUUGAUCUAGGAGAUGCUGAGCACACUCCACUCCUGCACAACUCAUCAGGGACUGAGCUCCUCGUGAAAUUGAGCUGAAGGGGCUGAGGAUUAGCUCUGCCCAGAGGUGAAGACCCCUGCCACAGCAGCACAUGCAUUAGGCUGGAAUCUUACUUAGAGGCUGAAAAGGAGCAGAAAAGAGUAGACCAAAUAAAUACUCUCCACGCCCACACGUCCAAAACCAGCUCAGCAGUGUUCUGCCCUCGAGCUAAUCCCCAGAUAUGAAAGCAUGAUGACAACCCAGAUCUUGGCACAGUAUGAAUGACACACCAGUUCUGAAACAGAAAGGCACCCCGUGCUUUCAACAUUAUGAAACCACACGGAUGUACCAGGAAGUCCCGUUCUUCUUCUAUCUGUUUUGCUUUUACCUCUAGCUGAGCCGAGCCGUCAUUCAGCCCCUGCCAUGAAGCUUGUGAAUGCAGCCGGGUUCUUUGCCCUGGUGCCCACAGUGGUGUUAGCGCUGGAGCCCAUCACUACCUCUCUUGCCAUUGGAGGGGGGGCAGUUGUCACGUGGCAGCUCCUCUCCCAGGGCUCCUGGCUCAAGUGUCACUUCUGGAAGUGUUGCAAUGUGAAGGACAGUCUGGAUAUCCCAGCUUUGAAAAUGGUUCUGAAACAGGAAGUCUUUGGGCAGCACCUUGCCACCCAUGUGGUUCUGAAAGCAUUGAGUGGGAAUGCCAAAGUCAAACAGCCAACAAAACCCCUGGUGAUGUCUUUUCAUGGCUGGACUGGCACUGGCAAAUCUUUUAUCAGCAAAAUCAUAGCGAAGAACCUGUACCCACUGGAAGAAAUCAGAAGGAGGUUUGUCCACCAGUUUGAUGCAGUUCUUCAUUUUCCACAUGCUGAACAUGUCAAUCGGUACAAGGAGCAGCUGCAGAACUGGAUUCGAGGCAAUGUCAGUGCCUGCCCAAGAUCACUCUUCAUUUUCUCUGAAAUGGAGCAGAUGCCACAUGGGCUGAUUGACUCCAUCCUACCAUACCUCAGUCACCGUGGGAAGAUUGAUGGUGUCUACUAUGGCAAGGCCAUAUUCCUCUUCCUGAACAAUGCAGGAGGGGAUAUGAUAACAGAGGUGGCUCUGGACUACUGGAGGCAGCAGAAAGGAAGAGAAGAAAUUCCCCUGAAGGACCUGCAGUCUCGGCUUUCCCAGGAGAUUUUCAGUAACAGGAAUAGUGGCUUUUGGCAGAGCAAGCUGAUCCAAAGGAACAUGGUGGACUAUUUUAUUCCUUUCCUUCCUCUGGAAUAUACACACGUGCGGGAGUGCGUCCGGGUGGAGCUGCGCUUCCAGGGCCACCAUGAAGAUGAGGACCUCAUCACAGACAUUGCCUUAGCGAUGGCCGACUAUCCCAGCAAUGAGAGACUCUACUCCAGCAAAGGCUGCAAGACGGUGGCCUCAAAGGUGAACCUGAGCAUCUAGAAGGUCUGAGUGCACAAAAAUAAAGAGGAAACAACAGCUGGGCCCUUUCUCCUUCCCUAACCAACUUCUCAAACUAAAUUAUUUGGGGCAGGGAAAUAUUCCUUAACAUAUUGAAAGCCCCAAGUGAACUUCUUUUUGUAGAUCAAGAAGAUCCCUUUCCUACAUUAGUAGAUGCUGCUGUAUGUGAAUGAAAAUAAACGUGGUCUAUAUUUUUAAUUCUCUCUUUCAUUUCUUGGCAAGCUUCUUCUUAGCUAAUACCUUCCUCUAUAGAGAGCAGCAGGAGCUGGCACAGGACAGGCAGGGGAGCUCACGGGCGAAUCUAGAACUCUGAAAAGGUGGGUGUAGAUAGUGAGGUGCAUCAUCCCCUAGAAAAACUACAUACUUUUAUCUCUAUUUAAAAAUAAAGAAGUUUUACUCAUAUGAUAGGGGCCCGUGACAGGGGCUGUAUUAUUCCAUUUGAAACCAAAGUAAAAACAAGUACAAGUUGGAAUGAGUUACAAUCUGAAGAGCUGAAAAUAGGAGCAUUUUUACCAGGAGCAGCUCACAGACAACAGCAUUGCAGAACAAAGACUAGCCUGCUUGGUGGACCAUCACGACUAUCAUUAAUAGCUGGGGAAUAAAAUAUUUAGAAGGGAUAUGGUAGAUUACAAUGAGCCAUUAAGUCAAUGGACUCCCUCAGCACUGCCUGACUAAAAAUGUUGCUGCUGCCAGGCAGUUGAUUUUAAACUUUGGGUGAAGCAAACUCACAGAGGGGUGCAACUGCACCAUUGCACCCCACUACAUCCACCUGGGGGGGUGGAAAUCAGCCUAACGUCUUUUGGAGGGUUAUGAUUGAAGCAAAAGGAAGAACGAUCAAUUAAACAGAACUGCUGAGUCUGGUAUGCUUGCCCAUCUUUUCCCUCACCACUAAGUGACAAUUGUGUGCACUUGAGUUCAAAACAUACAAUAUGGAAAAAAGAUUUUCUAGAGAACAAGACAGAGGAGAGAAAGCCUAGUAUGGUGCUCUGAAAAGCUAGGAACCCCAAUAGAUUGAAACCACAGCAAGAAUUAAUUGGAACAGAUUCCUCACAAAAGAGCUCCUAAUGCUUCUCUUUAAAAAUACAAGCUAUGUUCUGGUAUAUCCAUUACUGACCACAGACUCACACACCUAAUAGUGACAAGUGAUCUACUCCAUGAAAAGAGGUAUCGGAAGGCAUUACACAAGCACAUGCACCUCCCACCCCCAAAGUGAACUCUUUCUAACAUUUUAUAAAAGUCCUUUUGAGGAUCCAAUGAACAGCACUGUUGGGGUAGGCAGGAAGGUGGAUAAAAAGCGGACUCUUGAUACCUUCUAGAACUCAGGUUCUCAUACCCUACAAGGCACUGGUUGCCAGUACAACUGGAUGAUGUUUAACUGCAAAUAAAAAUACUUUUUACAUGAGUUAAAUCACACAGAGAUUUCUGUCAGCAUCUAGUUUUUCAGAAACCAUGACAUCAAGAGAACUGGGAAGAAGAGGGGGAAACAGAAGUUACGUAGUGACUAGUUAAACUAAGGGAAACGUACAAUCACUUGAAAAAUGCAGAAGCAAUGCCAUGUGCUGCACUCAGCGCCAGUUAAAACUUGCUAAAAAGAAAGCUAAGGAAGCAAAACUACAAAGUAAAACUCUCUUAGUAAAGGAAACAAAUAAAAGGGCUGAUUUUCCUCUCUUUCACACUGCUUUGACGCUGGUGCCAGUCGACUGAUUUCAGUGGAGUUCCCUCUGAAUUGCACCAAGGCAAGAUUUUAGUUAACUGAAACAGAGGCUUCGAGCCGAUUGCAAAGGCUUGCAUGUGGCUACAUGAGAUGAGAAUGAGCCCCGGCGCUCUUAAACAAGCGGUGGGGGAACGGGGUGUAAUGCAAGAUUAUCUCGACUCCACUUCUGAAGUCCUCAUCCAGACUUCCCUGCUCGCUCAGCCGUGCUUAUUACAGCUCC